UUUUAAACUGUGGCUGAGAGGAUAAAGUGCAAAAGUCAAUGCAAGGCUGUGAGCAUCUAGAUGUUGAGGUUUACAUCGCAGAAAACACUGCUGUCAAUACACCAAUAUAUAAAGUUGCAGCAAAGGAUCCAGACGAAAAUGAUGCAUUAACAUAUUCACUCUCAGGCAUCACAGACUUUCAGAUAGAUUUGGUUGGUUCAAUAUCUGUAGCCAACAUUCUUGAUUAUGAAAAUUCAACAAGGAGCUAUUUGUUAUCAGUGAAGGUGGAGGACACAAAUGCUUUGUUCAUUGUUGGAACUGUGAAAGUGUUCAUCACCAACGUCAAUGACAAUACUCCAGUAUUGUCGUGCAUUUUCAAAAAUAGGAUUAAUGGCAAAGAAACUGAUUUUGGAGAAACAUCGGACACGGGGCAGACAUCAUUGCAACUUGCAUAG